CUCAGCGGGCGUGACUGCUUUGCGAAUCUGGCGACUUGUGGACGGAUCCAACACGGUGUCAGCUGCUAUCUGGGUGGGUCUGCGUCCGGAAUCCACAGUCAGGAGCACAGGGUGGCGGUAAUGUACCCAAUACGCGGAGCGACAGCCGUCAGCAACAACCAACGAAGAAGAAGGGGAGGAAGCAGCAGCUGCAGGUCCAUUGAGGGACGGUGAACAGUUCUCCGAAAACAUUCGCAUUUAAUCGUCAAAACGUCGUACGCAAUGAGAGGGGACCGCGGCAGGGGCCGGGGAGGCCGCUUCGGGUCCCGUGGAGGACUGGUCCAGGGGUACCGUCCAUUUGUCCCACACAUCCCAUUUGAUUUUUACGUGUGUGAGAUGGCCUUCCCCAGAGUGAAGCCAGCAUCUGAUGAGACUGCUUUCAGUGAGUGUCUGCUGAAGAGAAACCAGGACCUGAGCCCCACACCAGCAGAGCAGUCCUCCAUCCUGUCCCUGGUCACAAAGAUCAAUAAUGUCAUUGACAACCUGAUUGUUGCACCGGGCAACUUUGAAGUGCAAAUUGAAGAGGUGCGUCAGGUUGGCUCCUACAAGAAGGGCACCAUGACAACAGGACACAAUGUUGCUGACCUGGUUGUAAUCCUCAAGAUCCUCCCUACAUUGGAGGCAGUUGCUGCUCUGGGCAACAAAGUAGUGGAGACCCUUCGUACACAGGAUCCUACUGAAGUGCUUUCCAUGUUGACCAAUGAGACUGGCUUUGAGAUCAGUUCAGCUGAUGCUACUGUCAAGAUCCUCAUAACCACCGUCCCUCCCAACCUACGCAAGCUGGACCCUGAGCUGCACUUGGACAUCAAGGUGCUGCAGAGUGCUCUUGCUGCCAUUCGCCAUGCCCGCUGGUUUGAGGAAAACGCCUCUCAGUCAACGGUCAAAGUCCUGAUCCGCCUACUGAAAGAUCUGAGGCUGCGCUUUCCUGGUUUUGAACCCCUCACUCCCUGGAUCCUGGACCUGCUGGGCCACUCUGCAGUGAUGAACAACCCAUCCAGGCAGCCCCUGUCCCUGAACGUGGCCUACAGGCGCUGCCUGCAGAUGCUGGCUGCUGGUCUUUUUCUGCCUGGCUCUGUGGGCAUCACUGACCCCUGUGAGAGUGGAAACUUCAGAGUGCAUACAGUCAUGACUCUGGAACAGCAAGACAUGGUGUGUUUCACAGCUCAGACACUGGUGAGAGUGCUCUCUCAUGGCGGUUACAGGAAGAUCCUUGGCCUGGAGGGAGAUGCCAGCUACCUGGCAACCGAGAUGUCGACAUGGGACGGUGUGAUCGUCACCCCCUCAGAGAAGGCCUAUGAGAAACCUCCAGAGAGGAAAGAGGAGGAAGAUGAAGCUCUGGAGGAGGGUGGAGAUGGAGAGGAUGAGAGUAUGGAGACCCAGGAGUGAUGAGGAGUUCAGCCAGUAUUGGGAAAGUCCCUCCUGGACACAGACACCAGCAGGAAGUGUUCCACCUGACAGCAACUGAUCCCCUGAUGUGCUCAGAAAAAGGACUGCUCUCAGUUUUUUUGUCAUGUUUUUACUUUGCUUUUGUUUGUAUUUCCUCUUGGUAAUAGUUAAUAAACCUUUUUUUAAUUUA